AAACCUUCCUUUUUGAACAACGUUAAAAAAACCCAAAUUCUAGACAUUCACAAUGGACGCGAUCAAGAAGAAGAUGGCUCAGAUCCGCGAGGAGGCCGACGCCAACCUCGAGCGCGCACAGCAGCUUGAAGUCGAGCUCAAGGACGCCCGCGAGCGUGCCGACAAGGCCGAGUCUCAGGCUGAGGCUGCCACCCGCAAGAUGCGCCUGAUCGAGGACGACCUCGAGACCGCCGAGUCCCGCGCUGCCGACUUCCAGAAGCGUUGCGGCGAGGCCGAGAAGCGCGCUGAGGAGUCUGAGCGCUCGCGCCGCGUCUUUGAGUCUCAACAGAGCUCUGACGACGACCGUGUUGAGACUCUCCAGGCUCAGGUCAACGCUGCCCGCAAGAAGGCCGACGACCUCGAGAAGGACGCUGCCAACGCAAACCGCAAGGUCACGCUGCUCGAGAACGACCUCGAGCGCGCCGAGGACCGCGCCAUUGCCGCCGAGAAGAAGCUGAAGGACCUCGAGCGCAGCCUCGACGACGCCAACGCCUCGCUCAAGUCGGUCAAGGUUUCCGACCGAUUUGACCGCUCGGACGAGCUCCAGGACAAGCUCAAGCAAGUCGAGGACAAGUACCGCUCUGCUGACCUCCGCGCUGAGGCUGCUGAGCGCAAGAUCCGCGAUCUUGAGAACCAACUCGAGAAGAUCGACGACGCUUACGACCGCGAGAAGGCUGCACACGCCAAGUGCCAGGCCGAGCUCGAGGAGAUUCAAGCCCAGCUCAAGGAUCUCUAAGGAGGGUUGUUUUUGUUUUUCACCCCGCUUGUUUGUACUCGUUCAGCCAUCUUUUUUGCCCAUAAUCACAUAUAAAGCACACAAAAAACAAAAAAACAAAACAACUCUUACAGCGAUCCUUGGGCAAAUUGAUGCUCACGAGCGCCUUUUAUCCUUUCCCUUCUCUUCCCUUCUUUGUUUUUGUUGGUUGUUGCCGUUCGCUCCUGGUUGAUGCUGUCGUUGACCAACCAAACACAAGAAAAUGCGCUUUGUUAAAUACAUUUUUGAUUUUUGAU